CUAGUUUAGCCCUCUUCCUUAAUAACUAUACUAGUCUGAGCCUAAUUACUAUUUAUUAUUCAGAAUGGCUCAUUGUCAAGUGCAACUGCAAGUGCAACAAUGAGUAACUACCUACAAGCAUUGUUGUCGUAGAGACUUUCUCCUGGCUUGCGGCAGCCACUAGCAUGUCGCAACAUCUUGUCGCAGCCAUCCAUAAAUAGGAGGAUUGCAAAUUAAUUGACUACAGUAGAUGGCAUACUAUAAAAGGAGGCAAAAGGAUUGGAAUUUUAGGGAUUCAAUUAGAUUUAGUUUUGUCUUUAGUCUUUAGUCUUUAGUUUAGGUUUAGGUUUAAUUAAUCACUCUUUUGGGUUGAAUCAUACCAGGUCAUAUAAUGAGAUUCUACUUGCUUCUUUAUACUAUAGUAUUCUAUGUGGUUGUCGAAUCAUCCUCUGCCAACCAGUCACAAUUAUUUUACUUGGCAGCAUAUAAACCAGCCCAUGAUAUUUCAAGUGAUAUUGAUUUAAGACUCUCUGUCCAGAUCCAACAAUUGGAACUGGUUGGUUAUCAAAUUGUUGUAUAUGAUGCUAAUGAUUUGAAAAGUAUAGGCUUGAGUCCCAAUAUUGACUCAUCUAAAUAUAAUGUCACCGGGUAUAUUAAUGCAAAUCAGAGCUUGAUAGUCAGUAGUGUGGAAGAUAAUUCAGUCUACUAUUUAGUGGUUGAUCCACAAACGAGUCGACUUGAACUAUCGACCGUAUAUCCUUCGGGAGAAAACAAGUUUGCUCUAACUAGAAAUCUCAUUACUUAUAAUAAUCAAACAACUUGGUCAGUUUGUAGUAAUAAAAAUAGUACUGGAUUAACUGAUAGUAUUUAUAUUGGUACAUUGGCUCAGAAUGGAGCAUUUUGCAGUAAUGAUGGUCGAGAAUUAAAUUUAAAGGCGAUUGGAUUUUUGACAGGUGAUGGUACAUUACCUGACUAUCCCUUAAAGUAAUUUAACUAUAUAAUUAUAUAUUAUAUAUCACUAGUAAUAAAAAGUACUAUAAUUAAA